GUCCUGUUGCGAUUUGAGAUAAUGCAUCUGUGCUUAUGCAAGUACUUCUAUAUCUAUACGUCUCUCUCACGUAGUUGGCCCUACUCCAUUCGUAAUGGCUGACGGUUUAGGCAGUAACUGCCAAAACUUCCGCCGUUAUUUUUUUGCUGUAUGUUCGUACAUUUUUUAUCUACUGCAGUGCUUUGUUUUUCUCUCAGUACCCCAAACGUUUGUUGGAAGUGAUAUUUUAUUGGGAUAAAGUACUUCUAUAAAUUUUUGUUGUUAAGUUUACUUCUAGUACGAGAUUUAUGAGACAUUUGUAUGCGUAUUAUAUUAUAUCAAUAUUGUAAAAAAGGCUGCCUAACAAUAACCCUUCGGAAUUUUGGACAAUGUAUCUCUGUCUGUGCAAACAUUUGUGCUAUGACAUUUCCUGCGUAGUAGACUGUACACAAUUUAGAAAAGAUGCCGUGGUCAAAACUGUUAUCAUAAAGUUUAUCGAAAUUCCUGGCGUUACUAUCAAUAUCCAAAGGCUUUACCAUUCGAUUUCCCCGAAUUCACUUCCAAUCACCGUCUCAUCAUCAUAAGGGAAGAAGAAUUUGUAUGUUACAAACGUCAAUGGUAAAAAAUCUCCUGCAUAUUUUGCCAUUCUAAGGUUGGCGUUGUUGUCGACUCGGUUAAGAUUAAAGGGACAAUAGCUUUUCUGAAAAAGCUGAUAUUACUCGCUAUAAUCGUCCAACAUGUUGACUCUUAAGUAGGUGUUUGUUGGUGUGGUUAAGGUGGUGUGUUAGGUGUGUAUAAUUUCGUAUAGUUCUUGGGUGUUACUUCAUGCUUAGAAUUAGUCUUUGUAUAGGAUGCACAACCAUGUUCGCGAACGUCACCGAGCCGCAACUUGUAGUGGAUACGUUCACGCUUUUGGAGCGUAAAACGUUAUAAGCGCCGCGGUUAGCUUUCCACGUAGUGUCAGUCUUUGAAUACAAAGCGGAGUGCAGUGUGUUCAAGGAAACCUCCAUUAGAGAAAGACAUGCACGUAACAUGUCGUGCGAAUAUACUGGAUACUUACUUAAACAAUUCGUGAUAUGUAUUUCGAAUAUGUUCUGCUGAUAUUUUUUUUUUUAAAUAUACUAUGUACAGCACUUUACUAUGUCACAAACAUAUGUCAAGCAGUUUUAAGAAGAAAAUAGUGCGUGAAACUUUGUACAUUUGUGACCAAUAAAAUCCAAUAAAUUCUGGCGUCAGGAGUGUUUCACUUUAACAUCACGUAGAACGUUACGACUAUUUUCGUCCAUAAAAUUUUCAUCACAAAGAAGUUUCACUUCAAGUUCAGCAGAAGAAUUCUAAAUGCCGUCUACUGGUAUAUUGAAACACCCAAUGGAACCAGAAAUAAGCGCCUCGCUGAAGAAACGACACUCUGUCAUAUCUGGGAGAAGCGAUUUUUGGUCAUCGUCCGAUGAAGACGAAGGAGUCCAGCCCCACGAGAAAGCCAUAGCCGCUGGUCAACCAAAUCCACCAUACUGUGUUCGUAAUGUGGAACAGCACGCCUUCGGUAGGAGGGAGAUACAAAUAGCUGAGCAGGAGAUGCCUGGUAUCAUGGCUUUGAGGGCCAGAGCUAAAGACGAUAAGCCGCUAAAAGAUGCUAAGAUCGUAGGCUGCACUCACAUCAACGCUCAAACGGCUGUCCUCAUAGAAACGCUAGCAGCAUUAGGCGCUACAGUUCGUUGGGCGGCCUGCAACAUAUACAGCACUCAGAACGAAGUUGCCGCCGCUUUAGCACAUGCAGGCUUUGCAAUAUUCGCGUGGCGCGGUGAGAGCGAGGAGGCGUUCUGGUGGUGCAUCGACCAGUGCAGUACACCCACGACCGCCUGGCAACCGAACAUGAUCCUGGACGACGGUGGAGACGCCACGCAUCUAAUGCUUAAGAAACACGCCACAGCCUUCAAGCAAAUUAAAGGUAUAGUGGAAGAGAGCGUGACGGGCGUCCACAGGCUGUACCAGCUCAGCAAGGCGGGCAAGCUCUGCGUGCCGGCGAUGAACGUCAACGAUUCAGUCACGAAGACUAAGUUCGACAAUCUCUACUCUUGUCGGGAGAGCAUCAUAGACGCUUUAAAACGCAGUACGGAUCUUAUGUUCGGCGGGAAGCAAGCGGUCGUGUGCGGGUACGGCGAGGUGGGGAAGGGGUGCUGUCAGGCGCUGAAGGCUUUGGGAUGCGUUGUGUACGUUACGGAAAUAGAUCCGAUAUGCGCGCUGCAAGCGGCCAUGGACGGAUUCAGAGUGGUUAAGUUGAAUGAGGUAAUAAGGCAAGUGGACAUCGUGAUAACUGCAACGGGCAAUAAAGGCGUCGUCACACGGGAACACAUGGAGCGAAUGAAGAACGGGUGCGUCGUGUGCAACAUGGGGCACAGCAACACGGAAAUAGACGUGCACUCGCUGAGGACGCCCGACCUGCUCUGGGAGAGGGUCCGGAGUCAGGUGGACCACAUAAUCUGGGGCAACGGCAAGCGCAUCGUGCUGCUGGCGGAGGGGCGGCUCGCCAACCUGUGCUGCUCGUCGCUGCCGUCCUUCGUGGUGUCGGUGACGGCCGCCACGCAGGCGCUGGCGCUCAUCGAGCUCUACAACGCGCCGCAGCACCGCUACAAGGCAGACGUAUACCUGCUACCGAAGAAGAUGGACGAGUACGUAGCGAGCUUACAUCUCCCGACGUUCGACGCUCACCUGACGGAACUAACGGACGAGCAGGCGAAAUACCUAGGUCUUAAUAAAGUGGGGCCGUUCAAACCCAACUACUAUAGGUAUUAAUCUAGACCGACUGCCUAGAUUCGCUUCAGCUUCUAGUUUUUCACUGGGGUACAAAUUAUUUUUUUAAGUAUCGAAAAGUUUGUAAAAAAAAGCCAUAAUAUAUUUAAUUUUUUUAUUAUUUAAUAUUUAAUUUUCAGGUAUUUUUUUGAUGUAAUAUAUCUAUCGCCAGACAAAUAUUUAAGAUAUAAUAUAUAUUUUUAAAGUGUUUAAAAUAUUAUUUUAGUUACGUACUUUAUAAUUUAUUGUUUCUUAUAUAUUUUGAUAUUUUUGAAUGUGUAGCCAUAAUGAAUACCACAGAUUAUUCAAGCUCUCGACCAAUGAUAUCGCGUCAAUUCGCUGUCAAAUUUGUUUAUUUGUCUGUAUUACACGUUCUUGUGUUCUCACUCUUCCCGGUCAUGUCGGAUUACGGGAGUGUGGUAAUAGAGAGUGUAUCUGUGUGUGUGCACACACUUGUGCACUGUUGUAUGUCCUGCGUAUUUGGCUGGUCUCCCUUGAGAUUGGCUGGUGUGACCGUAGUCGGUCUGGACGACAUCAUCACCUCAUUCCGUCACACAGUGCUACUACAGGAACUAGGGACAUAACAUGGUGGUGAAGAUAUGUGUCUGGGUAGGUACCACCCACUCAUCAGAUAGUCUACAAUCAAACAGCA